UGUUGUGAGACAUGGAAAACUUGGACAUUGGAGUAGGGUCUAGCUGUCAAAAUGUAGCUAAUGAAUUAAACUUGGACGACGAUGAUUUGAUAUAUACUCCUCAAGUAUCAGAUGAGUUGAGGCCAAAAAAGGGGUUUGGCAGGGGACUAGUGCGCCAACGUCACGAGGAGUUGAUGGCCGAUCACAAAGACUUGAUUGAGAAACCUAAACUUAGAAUAAAUCAUGACUUUUUGGAGCAAAUGGUUGAUAUUUACACUAAUGAGAUGUAUUUCAAGUUUGAGGCUGAAGUGUGUGACAGCUUUAACUACAAGUUACAGUUUGUUAGGGCAACUGACAAUCAGAGUGUGUAUCAAAUUCAAAGAAAGAAGCUCGCAACAAGCAAAGUCCGCGAAAUCGUUUAUGACAAGGACUUGGAUUUGGUUUCUUGUAGUUGUAAAAAGUUUGAAAGUGCCGGAAUCGUAUGUACUCACAUUAUCUCCUACUUGAUGAAAUUUGAUGCUGAAAUAUUGCCCGAUAAAUACAUCUUAAAGAGGUGGACUAAGUCUGCAAAAUCGGGGACAGUGGUUGAUGAUAAAGGUAUGCAGAUAAACCCUGACAAUUCUUAUCUUUUAACACGGAGUCAAUUUAUCCAAUCAUCUUUGGAAUUAGUUGACAAGUCCCUUGUAUGUGAAGAAACGAGGAAGAUGUUUACCGAUGGAGUGCGUAUCAUUAAUGAGCAAAUCGACCAAUUCAUUAGUAGCCGCACGGUUGCAAAGAGCUUCACCGAGAAAAGUAAUCAAAUGAGUAGUAAUUUAAUGGAUGAUGGUACUAGUGUGCAUGAUUCUUGUACUUUUCAAAAUAGUUUCAAUGAACCCGAUCAAGUGCGAGCAAAAGGGUGCGGCAAAAGGUUGAAGGGGGGAAAAGAGAAAGCAAUGGCUAGAGCAAAAAAUAAAAAAGAUAGACGUUGCCACGGGUGUGGUAAAGUAGGCCAAUCACAUGAUAAGCGAAAUUGUCCGGCACUCACAAAUCCGUAAGUAAUAAUUCUUUUAUUAUUUAUGUUGUCUUAUUUUUCACAUUCUAGUAUCCUUCUUGAUGUAUAUAUGUAUGGAUAUUUUAAUAUAAUGUAGG